GUUACCAUGAAGUGAAUCAUCGACACGACAACAGCGCCACUGACGAACAUCCGGGUAUUCUGUCGAGAUGGUCAUGGCGGAGGGUUCUGCAGUUCUCAGGAGGAAUCGGCCUGGAACCAAGGCGAAGGACUUCUACAACUGGCCGGAUGAAUCAUUCGAGGAGAUGGACAGCACGCUGGCUGUCCAACAGUACAUCCAGCAGAACAUUAGAUCAGAUUGCUCCAAUAUCGACAAAAUCCUGGAACCUCCAGAGGGUCAGGAUGAGGGGGUGUGGAAGUAUGAACACCUCAGGCAGUUUUGUCUGGAGCUCAAUGGACUAGCUGUAAAACUGCAGAGCGAGUGCCACCCAGACACCUGCACCCAGAUGACGGCCACAGAGCAGUGGAUCUUUUUAUGUGCUGCCCACAAGACACCCAAAGAGUGCCCUGCCAUUGAUUACACCAGGCACACGCUGGACGGAGCUGCCUGUCUUCUCAAUAGCAACAAAUACUUCCCCAGCAGGGUGAGCAUCAAAGAGUCAUCGGUGGCUAAACUUGGCUCUGUCUGUCGUCGCAUCUAUAGGAUAUUCUCUCAUGCCUACUUUCACCACCGCCAGAUAUUUGACAAGUAUGAGAACGAAACGUUCCUGUGUCACCGGUUCACACGCUUCGUAAUGAAGUACAACCUGAUGUCUAAGGACAACCUGAUCGUGCCCAUCCUGGAGGAGGAGGUGCAGAACACGUCAUCAGCUGGGGAGAGCGAGGCCUGAGAUGCAGCUGCUGCCAUAAGGGAGAUGUGUGAAAACGAAAUAUCUACACAUUACAGAGGAGACGCAUUCACACACCUGCAUACACGGAACACACACACACACAUGAAUAUAUAUGUAUACACAUUACACACACUACAGUGUAUUAAGGCUCCUGUCCAGUAACACUGUUCAUGUCCCUCCUCCCCCGUCACCUGUGUCUAUCUCAAAGGAAGUAAAGUGAAAGAGCGGGAGCAGAGUUCAGUCACGUCUGCAGGACGACAUAUUUUCUGUUUCACUCUUCGUUCUUUCAGAUUCACUCCGUGUCUCUGGAUACAGCCCCACUCCUUUUUUCUUUAAACUACUUUAAGCAGCUGGAUUUGCAAAAAAACAAAAAAAACCUACGUAACCAUGGUGACCUGUAUUGUUGACAAAGGCACACACACUGACAUCCCCCCCCC